AACCCUCGGAAUCUGCCCCCCACUCACCCACGCCCACGACUUUUUUCUUUGUUCUCUCCUUGCGGCACGAAGCGCGAUCCACUCUCCACUACUACUGUGCCACGAGCCUGCAUAACAACACAUUCUCCAAAGCUUAUUCCUACCACGAGGUGUUCAAUUUUGUCUCUUCUUCGCCUAUUCGCACGCGCGCAUUCCGCAUUGACAGCGAACUUUUUCCACCCAUUCCUCGUCCUUACCUUAGGUACCUAGGUACACCCACGAACGAGUAAACCACAAUCACAAGCCCACCACACAGCCGCUGUACCUUGACAUCACUCAAAUUGGAUACCUCCUCCAAAGGAACAACAAACAUGACAGACGCCCACCCAACGCACCUCGACCCCUCCGAGCUCGGCACGAAAUCCUACUGGGACGCCGCCUACACGACGGAGCGCGCCAACUUCUCCAGCAACGCCGACGACCAAGGCACGAUAUGGUUCUCCGACGCGGGCGCCGAGGAGCGCAUGCUACAAUUCCUCGAGGAUCUGUCCGACGAGGGCGUUCUCGACAAGUCGUCCGGCGGGACGAGGUUCUUGGAUCUGGGGACGGGGAACGGACAUUUGCUGUUUGCGUUGAGGGAGGAGGAGUGGGAGGGGGAGAUGGUGGGCGUGGAUUAUUCGAAAGAGUCGGUGAGGUUGGCGGGGGAGAUCAGGGAUUCGAAAGAUGGGGAUGAUGAUGUGGAGGGGGAGUAUAAGGAUAUUGGAUUCUAUGAAUGGGAUAUUUUGUCCCAGGAACCUGGGACGUGGUUGGGCGAUGAGGGUGGGUUCGAUGUCGUGCUUGACAAGGGCACUUUCGAUGCCAUAUGCUUGUCACAGGAGACGGAUGGGUCUGGCAGGAGGAUUUGCGAGGGGUAUAGCGAGAGGGUGGAGGGGUUGGUCAAGAAGGGAGGGAGGUUCUUGAUCACGAGUUGUAACUGGACGAAGGAGGAACUUUUGGGUUGGUUUGAAGGCGAGGGGAGUUCGUUUGUGUUUGAGGAUUCGGUCAAGUAUCCGAGUUUUACAUUUGGUGGGAAGACGGGGUCGAGUGUGGUCACGUUAUGCUUCAAGAGAAAGGAUUGAAGAUGUUGAAAUGUGUUUCGUUGUGUUGCGAUGAGUGGCUAAAAACAACAUUGACGAUGCUUGGAACGACAUGAGAUACCCUAUUGCCUGACAGCACGCCGCAGUCUUGCAACAGAGAGCCAUUUCUUCCGCUCUCCGACGUUCUCAUUCCCACCAUCACGCUCCCUCUUCCACGACCGCCUCCUUCCCCUGGCAUCCAUCUCAUAGAUUUCCUCCACCUCCAAGCCAGCAGAGGGGACGACUUCUUCGUAGAACGGCGCCAUCUUCGCGCGGCCGGUAUGAAAGCCUGCAAUGCAAAAUAUCCUGGCAUCCGGCGAAUCCGAUAGGAAAUGUAGCAUCGAGCGAGCCAGAGUCUCAUGCUCCCAGGGCAUCCACAGGCAAUCCGCAGCGAGUAUUCGGGUGU